AUGAAGGAAAAAGAAUUCAGAAACAUUGAAGAAACAUCAGAUGAAAUCACUAUUCUUGAGUCAGAUAAUCCCAUCUUGGUAACUGGUUUUGGAAUGGGUUCCGGCUAUUAUAACCCAUAUAUGACCGUCAUUCCUGGAAUCCAUCAAUAUAUCGACUACUAUAAGAUUGUUGUGCCAGAAGGAUAUACAAAUAACUAUAUCUGUGUGAUAAUUCCGAACAAAUUUACCAACUAUCUUCAGAUAAACGGUUCCUCUUUUGAUUAUUACAAAACUGUCCGUCUGAGUUCUGCUGUCUUAGACACCACCUUUAGCAUUCGUUUACUUGCCGUUAACAGCGGACCCUUGGUUGUAUCUACAACAAAUAAGGCAAACUUCGGGUUGAUUAUCUACGGAAAUAGGUAUGAUGACGGGUAUGGAUUUGCUGGCAAUUAUCCGACCUGUGUUUUCAUCCAAAUGGAGAGGAAGAAAAUAUUUUAUUCUUGGCUUUUUCUCAUUGUGGUACACAUAAAGGAUUCCUUUGCCGAAAAUCCUACCAUCAUAAAUAACAUUUCUAGUCAAGAAGAAACGGAUCUUCUAAAAAAUGUAUUAAGUGUUUUGGAAAAAUUUGCAAAAGACCAAGCCAUCAAAAUGGAAAUCAUCGAAGGCGAACUUGAUGCCAUGUACGAGAAACUCGCACAUUGUGGGGCAGAAGCUUCUAUAUCCUCCCCAGCAGAGAGAAAGCCCACCACAACUACCACAACAAAAUCAACUACUACACCAGUUACAAAAUCAACGACCAUACCAGUAACAAAAACAACCAGCACCACAACAACAAAAUCAACCACCACAACAAUAAAAUCAACAACCAUACCAAAAGCAAAAUCAAACAGCACCACAACAAAAUCAACCACCAUCAAAACAACAAAAUCAACCACAAUACCAAAAACAAAAUCAAACAGCACCACAACAGAAUCAACCACCAUCACAACAACAAAAUCAACCACCACCACAACUACAACAUCAGCCACCACCACACCAAUAAAAUCAACCAUCAUACCACCACCGAAAUCGAUAAUCUCCACAACAACAAAAACCAACAUAUCCGCAACAAAAACUGCUUCAAAUGUGAUAGAAAAGUCAACACCAAAGCCAUGCGGAUCAAGAGGCAGAGAAUUCCUUAUGCUGUUCAUGCGAAAUUACAAGGGUGGAACAGAGCCCUUAGCAAUCUACAUUACAACAGAAAAUAACACUUCUGUUAAUAUUUCAACUUGUCGUCAUUUAAAUGCGACCAUUAAAUCAGCAACGGAUAGAGUAACAAGUGUUUCCUCGUAUUCCAAAAUCACUCUCCCUUAUGAUCUUACGUGUGAUUAUUUAACAAUUGAAACAAAGGCUGUACUUUUACAGACAUCUAAACUGUACACCGUAUCCAUAUUCGAUAGUUUUUUUUUAUAAGAUCUAACGAUGCAACCUUAAUUAUUCCAACCAACAGACUGUCUACAAGAUACCUUGUGUCGUCAACGAAUCCACUGGGUCCAGCCAGCAGCUAUUAUAGCCAAUUUGCUAUUGCAGCUUUACAUGACAGAACGAGUGUAAAUAUCAGAUUUAAAAUGAAAGCUAAUGCGUCAAUUCCUCUUCUUGGUGGAACGUAUAGGGACCAAGAUGCUUUCACGACAAUGUUAUAUAAAUAUGAAACUUUGCAAAUCAUGCAUACCUCUGAUCUUACUGGAACCUUUAUCCUGUCUUCAGAACCAAUAGCUGUAUUCUCUG